AUGUGGAUGCUGUCGCCAGCUUGUUUUGCUGGAAAACUGCUGAAUGUAUUCAGGCAGCAGCUCAAGUCUUUGUGGUGGGCUCUGGUUCCACUGUUCUUCUGGCUCAGGACAACAUAUUGGUUAGCAGGUCUGCAGAGGAUACGGCAGCAGCAAAGUAAGAAAUUAAAAGAUGAGGACCAAGAGGAAGAACCCAAUCUGCCUACUACUCCCACUAGUGUCAACUAUCAUUUCACUCGUCAGUGCAACUACAAAUGCGGCUUCUGUUUCCACACUGCCAAAACAUCCUUUGUGUUGCCCCUCGAGGAGGCCAAGAAAGGACUGCUUUUGCUUAAGGAAGCAGGUAUGGAGAAGAUAAACUUUUCAGGAGGAGAACCAUUUAUUCAUGACCGUGGAGAAUACCUAGGCAAACUGGUGAAAUUCUGCAAAGUGGAGUUACAACUACCUAGUGUCAGCAUUGUGAGCAAUGGAAGCCUGAUCCGGGAGCGGUGGUUCAAAAAUUAUGGUGAAUAUUUGGACAUUCUUGCUAUCUCUUGCGAUAGCUUUGAUGAACAAGUAAAUAUUCUUAUUGGUCGUGGUCAAGGAAAGAAGAAUCAUGUGGAAAAUCUUCAGAAACUGAGGAAAUGGUGCAAAGAUUAUAGAGUGGCUUUCAAAAUAAAUUCUGUCAUUAAUCGAUUCAAUGUGGAUGAGGAUAUGAAUGAACAGAUUAGAGUGCUCAACCCUGUCCGCUGGAAAGUUUUCCAAUGCCUAAUAAUUGAGGGUGAAAAUUCUGGUGAAGAUGCUUUGCGAGAAGCAGAAAGAUUUGUCAUUAGUGAUGAAGAAUUUGAAGGAUUUUUAGACCGCCAUAAAGAGGUUUCCUGUUUGGUGCCUGAAUCUAACCAGAAGAUGAAAGAUUCCUACCUUAUUCUGGAUGAAUAUAUGCGUUUUCUAAACUGUAGAAAUGGACGAAAGGAUCCUUCUAAGUCUAUCUUGGAUGUUGGAGUAAAAGCAGCUAUACAAUUCAGUGGAUUUGAUGAGAAGAUGUUUCUAAAGAGAGGAGGAAAAUAUGUGUGGAGCAAAGCAGAUCUGAAGUUGGACUGGUAG